AUGUCUUCUAUCAGUUUCUGGAACUGUAGAGGAGCCUGGAAAAAACGAGCUUCUCUAUACAUCAAGGAGUUUGUGAAAGAUAAUGGUGUUCUAUUCUUGGCUUUACUUGAAACAAAAUCUAUUUCUUUCAAUAGAUCAGAAAUCAAUACUUUAAUUGGUGAAGACUGGGACUAUUCCUUUGUUCCUUCGGAAGGACUCUCUGGUGGGAUCGUAAUUUUAUGGAAAUCUUUGUACUCUUCCUUUAAAAUUCUGGAAACUAAUCAACAAUUCAUAAUUGGUGAUCUAGAAGUUUUUAACAAAUGCAUUUGGAGAAUUGGUUUUGUUUAUGCUAAUAAAGAUGUAUACAAAAGAAGAUCUCUUUGGGAAAGAUUACAAAUCUAUUCUUGCAAUGAUAUACCAAUGGUGAUAGGUGGUGAUUUUAAUUGCCUUCUCAAUAAGGAAGACAAAAAAGGUGGUAAGAGAUUCUUCUAUGCCUUGGGUUCAAGGGAAAUGGAUCUAUUCUUGGCUUCCAAUGAUCUUCAUGAAGUGAAUAGGGUUGGACCCAAAUUCACUUGGAGCAACAAUAAAUCUGGAGCUGAUAAAAUUCUGGAACAUUUGGAUCAUUGUUAUCUCAACUCUAUGGCUCUUUGUUCUCCCCAUAGGAUUCUAGUCAAGCAUUUGGCUAGAAUAGCUUCUGAUCAUUGCCCUAUUCUACUCAACCUCUUUGAAAGUAAAGCUGAAUUUAAAAAACUAAUUCGUUUUGAAGACAUCUGGAUCUCAAACCCUGCUUCCUCCUCCUUGGUAAAGAAAAUAUGGGAGAAAAAAUCUAUUGGAGAUCACAGCCAAAACCUGAAUCUGAAAAUGAGAAAAACACUUAAAGCUCUUUUUUAUUGGAAUAAGGAAAAUUUCAGAAUUUUUAAUAGCUCCAAAGAUACCAUUCUUGGUGAUAUCCAGGAAUUACAAAAAAGAGAAAGCAUUGAUGGGUUUUUAUCUGAAAAAGAUUCCUGGAUUCGUAAAUCUAAAAUCUCAGAUUACAAUUCUACUUUAGCAAAAAUAAAUACUUGGUGGAGGCAAAGAGCUAAAAUCAAAUGGGCAACUCAAGGAGAUAGCAACACUAAAUUCUUUCACACUUUUGCAAGUGCUAGAAAGAAUGCCAAUUUCAUCAACUCUAUUCUUAACAGCAACGGUCUUAUUGUUGAAGAUCAACAUCAAAUAGAAAACUCUUUUGUUAGUUUCUUUGAAAACAAAUGGAGAAACAUAAAUUGCAUUUUAGAUAAUUGGCCUUUUCCUAUAACUAAACUGAAUGAAGACGAUGUUUUCAGCCUUAAUACAGAAUUCAGUUUCUCUUAA